CAGCAGGCGGCGCUACUUUACCUUUAGCGCCUAAAAUCAACCCGCGAAGAAGAACGGCGUCUCGCCGCCUAGAGGAUCUCGGGAUGCUGCUGGUUCUGUCUGAGGAGCAUAAAGACCACCUGGGCUUCCUCACCCAGGUCGAUGGUUCCGUGGUGGAGGAGUUCUGCCGCAUCGCUCUGGAGUUCCUGAGGAAAGGAAGCAACCCAAAGAUCUAUGAAGGAGCAGCCAGGAAGCUCAGCGUUCCGGUGGAGAUGGUGCAGCAUGGAGUGGAAGGCCUCAUGUUCCUGAUGACGGAGAGCUCCAAGCACAUGAUCUCUGAGGUGGAUUUUAUGGACUCGGUCUUAUCGCUUGGAUUCACUGACCAGCUCAACCAGAGCCUGUUGCAGCUCUACGUGCAGCACAAAGACCAGAUCCGCAGCAUGCUAAGCCAUCUGCGCUGCAGUCAGCCAGCUUACCACAACCUAGAGUGGAGGCUGGAUGUUCAGUUGGCGAGUCGCUCGCUCCGUCAGCAGAUGGUUGCCACGGUCACCAUGCGCCUCCUUUUGUCGGGUUCUGAUGGGGGCGGGACCCUCUGCUGCCUGGACCUCCAGACGGACCCCAGCACGCUGCUGCACCUCAUCUCCAGUCUGGAGGCGGCCCUGGCGGCCAUGAAAACGGGCCACGCCCGGCGGAUUCUACGCAACAUCAAAUGACUGGACUCACUGGGAGGACUGGUUCUGAUGCGGAGCGACGGCCCAGAGCGGCGGAUCUCACUGCUGCUCUGAUUAAUAAAAUGAUUUCUCUUCUCUA